AUUUCAGAUGCGUGUGAAUGUAAAAAUUCAAUUAUUUUAGGUAUGGUUAACAUUUUUAGUACAGAACAUACAUUGGCACAAUUACGAAGUUGCUCCUUUGGUUACAUGCAGGUUAUGUGUUCAAUGCGUGGAAACAGCCUCUUUGCAUAAAUCCAAUGGAAAAGUUGCUGAUAAUAUAUGCCCGCCCUUCUACCCUGGGGAGUAUUUCAUUUCAUGUACGGGAAAAUGUCUUGAUAAUGGACUGUAAGAAGCUUCAAGAAAGGUAGUAAUUGAUUUGUUUGUCUGUGGAUGUGGGGAUAAGUGGGGUAUAGGAGUGAAGUUGUUUCUCUGUCUGUUUGCUAGUAAAUCUGAAUCCCAUUAAAAUGGUGCGACGGGGAUUGGAGGGCUGUGAUAUUUUGUUUGACAUAUCCCGUUUAGGGAGAAAGAGGGCAUACUCUUGGAAUAAGGAAUCAGAGUUUGAAAAUAGUGAUAUUUUUCGUUUCAAAAGGCAGAUUAGAAAAACAAGGAAUAUUGAUGAAGAUUAUGUACAGUAUUUGAUGCUUCUCCUUGACUAUGAUGAAGAGUCUAAGUGUUGCACAAAUGAAGGCGGAAAGGAAGGUCCCUCUGUUGCUAGAGAUAGGUUUAAUUAUGACAUGGAUGAGGAUGUGAAUGAGUAUGAGGAUGAUGAAGACGAGGAUGAGGAUAUUGAUCCAGACUACAGGAAGUUUUUGGCUAAUGCUAAACCAAAUGGGAACUCAUAUAUGGUUAAAAUUGAUAGAAGUGUUGGGUUUCCUGUGUUUGUAGAGUUUGAGAAAGAGGAUGGAUCUGAUGGAGAGUUUGAAUAUUUAGGACAGAGAAAACAGCAGGGUUCUGGGGAUGAGGAGGAUUUAGGUAAUGUCAGUUGCAAAGAUAAAGUAGAAAGUCAGCCAUUUUCAAGAGUUGUCCUGGAAAAUGAUGAUAAUAGAUCUGCAGGAGACAACAAUGCAGUAUUUGAGCCUUCUGAUCCUGUUACUCCGAUGGAAAAAGGGCUUACGAGCCAGAAGCCUAGCUUGGGGGAGGAUGGUGAGUGCAAGAGGCGUCAGAAGGGUGAGACGAAGAAUAGAUCAAAUAAGGAGCAGAAGAAAGGGAAAGGGAGAAAAUCAGCUAAAGUUACUACCAAAGAAGAGGGAGUUGAUAUAGAUGAAGACUAUUCCUAUCUUCUGGAGAAAUUUAUAUGUAAGAAUUGGAGCACGACACCCUCAUUUAUGAGGAAAUAUAAUCUAAAAAGUAAGAAAUCAUCAACGACUGUCCUGGAAAAUGAUAGCAAUAUAUCUGUGGGAGACAUAGAUAUGACACAUGAGCUCUCUGAUACUCUAUCUCCAAAGAAAAAGAAGAAAAAGGGGCUUACAAGCCAGAAAAAUAGCACGAAGGGAAAUGAUGCAUCCAAGAGGCAGGAAAACAGUGAGAAAAGGAAAAAAUCAAACAAAAAGCAGGCGGGCCGAAAAAGGAGAAAAUUAGCAGAUGUCCCUUUAAACGAAGAUGUAGCUGGGAGAAAAUCAGUAGAUGUCACUGUCAAAGAAGAGAUAGCUGAUGUAGAUGAAGUCUCAUUUAAAAGAUGUAACAAAUUUGAAUGCGAGGCUGCUGAUGAAGAUCUUCAAAUAGUUGACAGUGGUGAUUGUACAUUUGGAAAGGAAGGAGACUCUAAUCUCGUGGAAGCUUCUUUAUCAAAACACUGUGAAAAUGUUGAGGAUAGCUUCCCAAGGAAAACUGAGCGUUCUGAUUUUUGGUGGAAUGUCAAGGCUCUUCUUGAGAGGCCUUACGAUCAGAAGGAAUAUAUCGGAUUGUGGAAAUCUGUCAAAAGUAGAAAGCCUACUCUAAAGGAUAUGGACUUGCGUAAUGGGAAAUUUUACUCGACGAGGCGGUUGGGAAAAUCAUAUUUGGAUCAUUAUAAAGACCUUCAUGAAAAACUUAAAGAAGUUGACAACGACAACAUAAAGCAGCUAAACAUCUUGCGCGGUUUUUUCUUUUGGUUACAGAAUCUCACACAAAAAGGUGCCUUCAGGCCGUGGACAGAUCCGGAGUGGCUCUCAUUGGUUGAUAAUUCUAUUGUUCCAAUGAUUACUUCCAAUGAAUAAUCAAGCUGGGACAAUUUGGUGAAAGAUGUUACCAAAGUAUGCUAUGCUGAAGUCAGAAAUUAUACAGUGUGUUGUCCGUUUUGGUAUUGGAUUAUCUUGCUAUCUUUUUUUUUCUUUCUUAUAACAUUGUAGUACUCCUCUGGAAGAUUUCACCCCUCUCAGUCUGGUAUAAUGCCCGGAAAUGUGUUAUAUUAAACUGGCAGUUGUUGAUUUACCUGAAGUUACUUCUUUACAAAGGAUGUAAAGGGGAUUGAAGUCACUU